GUUUCAUUACAGUUUUCUUGCAAUGCCAAUUGCUGUCGUUCGUAUGCCUUGAAGUUUUAACGGGUUAACGCAGCAGUGUCAGUCGUUUGCGAUUAUUCGCCGUGAACAGGUGUUAAGCAUAAGCAGCCGCUUCCACAACGAUUCGGCAUUGAUUGAUUUGCGUGCAGCUUAAAAAAAUAAAUUAACGAAAACUAAAUUAAAAAAAAAUUUAUCAAAUACAAAUUUUAUUUUGCUGGAAAGCGUUUGUUUGUGCAUAUCUUUCCGCACUUUACAUAUCUCUGCUGUUCGAGGGCGCGCGAAUUUUCGAAUUUUGAGCGAACGUAUGUGUGUUUAGCGUUUAUGUUAUGUCGCGAAUUGAUUGUUUGUUAAAAUAAUUAGAAUUUUUGUGUUCAUGUGCGAAUUGCUGAGAAUACUGACUGGUUAGUCAAUUUAAUUGCGUAUGUGAGAGAAUUCAAUAAAAAGCAAAUGAUCGAAAGAAUACAAAAAGUGUAAAAAUAUUAAAUAUACAAAACUAAAAAUCGCAAACUAAAUACAAACACUUCCAACCCCAUUUCGAAGUUCGUUGCUUGAGUCUUUUGUAUUAGUGACAACCUAUAACCUUACAAUAUCAAAUAAUCAAAUACAAUAAAAGUGAAUAAAAGCGUGAAUUAAAUUGAAAAUAGUAUUGAUUUUGUGUGAAAAUGCGCCACCACACGCUCUGCUGAUACCGUCGAUAAAUCGAUAGCGCGAAAAAACACCGAGUGACUAACGAAACACAAAAAUAAAUGGCGUUAACAAAUUUCUCGCUGCCCUUUGGCGCACUGACGCAACAAGUGCCCACAUGGGGUGCCACCCUGCCGCCACUGCACCCCGCCCACCAGCUAGCUGCCAAUACCAACAAUUUACUCUAUUCGCCGGCCGAUCAUCAGCAGCAGCAGGGCGACGACGCCGCACCGCCGCCGGAGUCAGAUUUCUACAAAAACAAUCCGUAUGCGCCGCCACAAUUGCAUCAGCAGCAACAACAACAACAGCAGCAGCCGAUACGUCAAUCAUAUCAAUACAAUAGUAACAACAACAAUCACAAUAUACAAAAUAAUAAUCGGCUGAAAAGCAGCAACACCUACUUGCCGCCCAUACCGCCGCCCGGUGCGCGCAACACACAAUUUAACAACCACAAACAACAGCAGCAACAACAACAACAACAGCAUUAUAGUCAUUUCAGCAUAAAUCAGCAACAGCAGCAGCAACAGCAUCAUCAAUUACAACAACAACAAAUCAAAGGGAACAAUGUCGCCUUCAAGGCAGCCACAUCCGUUUCCACCGUAGCCUCGGCCGCUGCGGCAGCCUCUGCCGCCUCCACUUCGACCAGAACCUACGGCGAAGGUUCUUAUAAUAAUUUUGGCGCUGCAGCACCUCAACAGCCCCGCCCACAGCAGCAACAAAAGCAAUUUUAUAAUUCCUAUAGUCAUAGCACUUCCUCAUUUGUUGCACAAUCACAGCAGAAGACUCAAACGCAAACAAGCCAACAAAGCUUCGGCACAGCACCGGUGACCGAAGCACCGCAACCAGCAGCGGUUUAUGGCGCAGCACCAGCACCAACGCUGCGCAACGUAGAUGAGGUGAAUGGUGGUGGCAAUGAUAGUGUUGGUGAUAUUGGUGGUGAUAACGAUACUGGCAAUGAACCGUAUCCGCAUCGUCCACCCGGCUUCACGCGUGUUCAGGCCGGACAGGGCACACGCACACAGGUGCAUGCUGUGCUCGACUACGAUGUUGAGGAGGGCGAAGAUGAGGAAUACUAUGAUGAGGGUGAUAAAGAUGCCAAUAAAAAAUCACCAAUGCCCACAGUGACGCCAAUACAAGGGCCGAUAUUCCUGAAAAAUGGUACGGCGCCAGUGGUACCGUUAUUUUCGUAUCCCACACUCAACAACGGAUCGUUUGUACAAAUACCGAUCUGGUGGACUGCAUUGUCUGUCGCCUUGGGUUUAGAUGUGCGCGGUGAUAUAAUCAAAGGUGUGCCAUGCAUCAAACGUUACCAUCAAUUAUUCUGUCCGACGGCGGGCAACAGCUAUCCAAUUGAUAAAAUUGAACGUUUCAUUGACGACAACAAGGCACUGAUGCGACGAAUGUAUGGUGAUUUUGAAAUGAAUCUGGAGCCUGGCGGACCACAGUCACAAACGAAGAAACGCAAGCGUAGAUUCAUUGAUGAUCCCGAUAUAUUCAUACCACCAGGCGCAUUUCCGGCCUUGGUGCCGGAUGAUGAUGGUAGCACGGAACCACAUGCUGAGGAAGCUGGCGAAAGUUACUUUGGCAAGUUGCGCAACAAACGACAGGCGAAUCGAAAUGCGAAUAAAGCGAAUACGAAUACGUUUGCGAAUGCUGGACAGAAUACGGGAAGAGUGGACGCUUGCGAGUCUAAGGUGGAGAUCGUCACGCCCUUUUGGGCCUCCAAUUCGGCGGGUAAAAUACGCGCCAUUGUGAAUACACAGCACUUUGAGCAGGCCAUACAUCAGGAGGUUUGCACCACGCCAGCAACAUCGCGCUGUGAUCGCGACUGCGGUUGUGAGCAAAAGUAUAAAUGGCAUCGUCUUCUAGCCUAUGAUCCGGACAAUGAUUGUAAGGGCAUCUUUAUGGACUGGUUCCUCUUUCCAUCGUGUUGCGUUUGCAGGUGUAAGCCAUAAGCAUUUCAGAAUUUGUGGCGCUCAUGUGACAACGAACCCAACAGUUCACUUAACAUUUCAUUAGACUUAAGUCAAAUAAGUAAUCUGCUUAAACUCGUUAGCGUCUAAGUUAAGCAACACACUCUACACUUUUUUAAAUCGAAUUAGUUAAUCAUUUUCAAAUUUUAAUUUUACUCAAUUCGCACACAUUUUUAGGUUAGGUUUACUAGAAUAAGUAAAUUUUAGUUUUUAGCGAAGUAUUUGCAAGUUAAAAUAGCGCUAAAACAUGGCAACUCUGCUAAACAUGUAUAAGUAGCAGUUAUAGUUCUGUACUCAUAAGUUACUUGCUUAAAUUAGUAGUUCAAAAAUAUUAGUUGUUUUAAAAAUUACUUUACUUUACUAUCAAUAUUAUUAUAUAACUUUUAAGUAUUGAUAAUUAAAUAAGUUGUUUCCAAAUAUUUCGAGGUGUUCAUUUUGCUUUUAGAACUCAUAUUUUUAAAAUAUUAUGAUUUCUUUCUUGAAUUGACAAUUUUGAUUUUUAUAUAUUUUUUAGUUCUAGCAAAUAUUUGCAGAGAUUUUACUUCACUAUAAUAAUUUUUUGAAAUUUUGAAAUAAAAUAUGUAAGUAUGCUAAGUACUUCAUACUAUAUAUGUAUAUAGAUAUGUAUUUGCAUAUGUGGUAUCAAAUUAUAUUCAGAAAGUUUCGAGCAUAAAAAUCAAUAAAUUCUAAUAAAGUUAAUAAUUAGUAAAAAAAAA